AUGCAGAAGAAACAACAGUCUCUCAUCAUCAUCAUGCUCCAUAAUUCUUGUUCAAUAUUUUUCAUCUUCUUCCUGUACCUUGGAAUAUCAUGUUACAUUUCAACCAAUGGUCAUGCAGCGUCACUUGGACACUACACACUUUCAUGUCCAUCGUUCAAUAAUUCCAUUUCCUUUUCGGAAUGGUUUGGAACGAAUUUACCAUUCAUCUUUUAUGAUCCUUCUCAAUAUAAUUAUGAUGUGUUUAUUGAAGGAAUGAAACAAUUAAAUAUUUCUCAUGUCAGAAUUCCAAUUCAUUGGUCUGUAUUAGAGCCUCAAAAUGGAAUUUUAGAGCCGACUUAUGUGUCACGAUUGGAUUUCACCAUGGACAAAUUAAGUAAGGCCAAUAUUUCGAGUUUGUUUUUUAUUGCAGGUUCACCGAAAUGGAUCAGUUCGAAUCCUUCUGCCUCCAACUAUGAUCAGUAUCCUCCAACGAGUGUUGAACCUUUUAUUUUAAGAGUGAAAUGGUUAUUAGAACGAUAUGCCAUGAAAGGUUUAGAAAUUAUUCAAAUUUGGAAUGAAGUGAAUCUACCAUCGUUUUGGGCCCCAAUGGAAGAUCCACAAGCGUAUACUCAUUUAUUGAAUGCAACGUUUACAGAGCUCAGAAAUUUCACUCAUUCAUCAUUCUCGAGUCAUGUCAUCCAAAUUGCCAUGUCAGGAAUGGCCUAUUUCAGUGAAAUGCCCUAUCACGACAUGAAUCCCAUGUUUUAUAGUUUGGAACCAUUGGGAGCUUUUAAUUAUUGUGAUAUUGUUUCGUAUCAUCCCUAUUACAAUACUCCUGAAGGAAAUAUUCCACAACAAAAUGUUUAUGAUUUUGAAAUCAAAGCACAAUUGGCUCAACAAUUUUUAUCUAAAUUUGGGAAAAAGAUUUAUGCGACAGAAUGGGGAUGGUCCACGUAUGCGAGUGAUUUUUCUGAGCAACCAUUCAUUACUCUCACACAACAAGCAGAUUAUAUUUUGAAGAGAUUAAUCAUGUUAAUGUAUUUGUGCUUUGAUCGAGUGUAUCAAUUUGCCUUAUUUGAUUUUCCACCUGUGGGGUUUAGCACAAGAGAUACCUAUUAUGGAAUAUUCAAUGCUUCCACAAGUGCAAUGCCAAAUUCUCUUCCAGGGAAACCCUCAUUCUAUGCAUUGAGAAAUUUUCUCAAUUUUAUUGGAAAUCAACAUCCGCACAACUCAUUGCACUCCACUCCAAAAUUAAUCAUUCCAAAAGUGAACGAUCCUGGAAAUAUGCAUUCUUUCACAGUGCAGAAUUCAAAUGGAGAUGUAUUAUGGAUGUAUUGGACAAGUAUGAAUUCUUCGAAUAAUCAAUCCAUGACUCUUGACACGUCACUCAUUAAGGAUAUUUUGAAUCAAACUAUGAAUACUUCAUCCACAUCAAUUGUGGUUACAUUUUCAGUAUAUGAUCCUAUUGAGAACGUAUUGGAAGCUAAUGGAAUUGUCGAAGAUUUGAAUCGAGUAACUGUGAAUGUUCACACGACGUUUCGAGUGGCCAAAUUUUCAUUUUCCAAAAGUAUGAUCAAUUCUUCACCUUCGCCUCCAAAACAAUCUUCGUUUAAACCCAAAGAUUCUAAAAGAGUCUCUCAAGCUGCAUUUACAACUUGGGAUUACCAUCCAUUGAGAUUUGGGUUUAUGUUCAUCAUGAUUGUUUUAACACAAGUAUUAAUUUUAUUGGAACAGUAA